AUGCCGACCAAUAACACAAAGACAAAGCUAAUUAUUGUACCUUGUCAUUCGGUUUGGAAUUUUGCUGAACCAAGUAAGUCAAAUUCAAAAUAUCAUCUAGGAGAAUCUCAAGAUCAAUGGUCAUUAGCUCCUUUCCAGUAUGAAGGAAAUGACCACAUCUCCUUUAUCAAACAUUCCUUACGUGCGAUUGUUGAAUUAAUUAAUGAUAUUGAUGAUAAUAUAGUUAUAUUUAGUGGUUCACAAACGAAAUUAGAAUUAGGUCCUAUGUCAGAAGCUCAAAGUUAUUAUUUUUUAACAUACAAAAUAAUUCAGUAUUGGAGAAACGCAGAUGAACUUCCUAAGAACUUCGAUUAUGAGAUACUUGAUUAUUUAAAAAGCAUUUCUUUAUAUGUCGACUCUAUCGGUGGUGAUUUGGCUAAACUUUUCAAUCCACGCAAUAUUUCCACAGAGGAAUUCUCUUUAGAUUCAUUCGAUAAUCUACUAUUUUCUAUAGCAAGAUUUAACGAAAUUUUCCUUAAUUAUCCAAAGGAUAUAAAAAUUGUUGGAUUUGGUUUUAAAGAAGAAAGAUUUAUAAAUUAUCAUGCUAAAGCAAUUGAUUUCCCACAAAACAAAAUAAACUAUGUAUCUAUUGGUCCAGAACCUUCAGAUUAUACAGAGGAACAACUAACAGAAUAUUUUUUCAAUAUUAGUAAGGCAGAAAAUAAAAAUGCUCUUAAUUAUUUUGCCAAGGAUUGGUAUGGCACUUGCCAACCAUUAAGAAAAAAGAAAGAUGAUCGUAAUCCCUACAAUAGAACUCCCCAAUAUGAAAUUUUGAAUAUGCUGUUAUUGAAGAGCGAAAUAACUAAUUGUGAAUCACAUUUUAAUUUAUAUAUUAAAGGUAAAAUGCCAUGGUCUAUGCGUAAUUGA